CGGCGCAUCAUGGCGGCCUGUAGGCCUCCAGCUCCUGGCUCCGAAGAAGCUUGGCUUAAGGCUGCCCAGACCUUCAUCCAAGAGACUCUUUGUCCAGCUGGCCAGCAGCCUAAUGUCCGGUUGACUCAGUUGGUACUUGAUUGUGUGAAGACUACCUGGUUGUCCCAGGGGAGGAGCCAGGGCUCUACACUGCCCCUCAGCUACAGCUUCGUCUCAGUACAGAACCUCAGGACCCACCAGCGACUCCCGUGCUGCAGCCACCUGUCCUGGAGCAGUAGUGCAUACCAGCACUGGGCCCAAGGUGCUGAGCCAAAUGGGAGCCCACUACACCGGGAGCGGCUGUUACUUUUAGGGACACUAACAGACUUGUCAGAGGACUUGGAACCAGAAUGCAGGAAUGGAAGCCUCUAUGUGAGAGAUAACACUGGAAUCCUGGACUGUGAGCUCAUAGAUCUAGACCUUUCUUGGUUGGGGCAUCUCUUCCUGUUCCCCAGUUGGAGUUACCUCCCUCCUGCCAAAUGGAGUUCCUCAGGGAAAGGGCACUUGGAGCUCUGGGAUGCCCCGGUGCCAGUGUUCCCUUUGACUAUUACCCCUGGCCCUCUCACACCUAUCCCUGUCCUGUAUCCAGAGAUGGCAUCCUGCCUGCUCAGACACAGAAGCAAGUUCAAAGUUGUGAAGCCAAACCUGGCUGGGAAACUGGUUCAAUUGAGUGCUCUGGUGAGAAGUAAAAAGAAAGCAUAUUUCAUCCUGUCUCUUGGUGAAACGUCCGCAGCCAUCAACCAAACUGUCAGCCGGGUGUCCAUCAUCGUGCAGAUCCCUGCCCAGCUGGUAUGGUACCAAGUCCUUCGGCCUGGUGAGGCCUAUGUGCUGACAGGACUUCGGGCAUCCAAGAUCCGUGGUCACUGUUACUAUAUUUGGACAACCAGUCCUUCCUCUCAUCUGAUGUUGCUGAAACCAGAAAACAUACAGACGCUGGAGCUGGAAGGACCCUUCCCAGAGGCUGACCUCAAUCCAUGUCCCAUGCGCAGCAAAUCCCCAGACAAGAAGGAACAUAAAGGUCUUGUUCGGGAAUCCAAAAUCUUACAUUAUGUGGGAACAGUCACUGGUGUGUUGAAUGAAGCAGCUGGUCUCUAUGAGCUGGACAGGCAGUUAGUACUCUGCCUUGCAUACCAGCAGUUCCACGGCCUCAGGCGGGUGAUGCGACCAGGGGUUCAUUUGGAGCUCCAGGAUGUUCACCUUCUCCAGUCAGUGGGUGGAGGCACAACCAGGCCAGUGCUAGCUCCCUGCCUCCGUGGUGCUGUUCUGCUCCGGGGCUUUUCUCGCCAGAAGCCUGAGACUCAGUCAUCCCUCCAAGUUCACGGGGCCUCUUUAUAUACACAGCUGGUGUGGGAAAAUCAUUUAGGACUUCCCCUUUAUCUGUGGACUACCAAGACGCUGGAGGAACUGGCCUGCAAGCUGUGUCCCCACAUGCUGAGGCACCACCAGUUCCUGCAACGUUCUUCUCCUGGGAACCCCAGCCUGGGACUGCAGCUCCUGGAGCCCUCCCUCCAGCUUCCUCCGUCAGGGAGCCACAUUCGGAAUGCACACAGUGAGAUUCUGGAAGAGCCUCAUGACUGCCCCCUCCAGGAAUAUGCUCAGCUGCAGACUCCCUGCUCUUUCCCCACUCUGGCCAACCUCAGAGAGGAAGCAGAGCGCAGGGCUUGGGCCUCCUUUGAUCCAAAGGCACUUGUGCCCCUGCGGGAUGCUGCCUACCUACCCAGCUGCCAACUCAACCGCUGCCUGGCCUGGUCUUGGCUCAGUCUGCGCCCCUGUACCUUUGACCCUGCCCAGGUUUUACUUGGCGUUCUGGUGGCUUCAUCUCGUAAAGGUUGUCUGCACCUUCGGGACCGAAGUGGUUCUCUGCCCUGUCUGCUCCUGGCCAAGCAUUCACAACCUGUCACUGACCCACAGCUUAUAGGCUGUCUGGUGCGGGCCGAGAGGUUCCAGCUAAUCAUAGAGAGGGAUGUCAGGAGCAACUUCCCUUCCUGGAAGGAACUGGAUAUGGCAGGCUUCAUCCAGAACCAGCAGGCCAGAGUCUAUGUCCAGCUCUUUCUGGAUGAUGCCCUGAUCCUGACUGUGCCCAGACCCACUGUUCAUUCACCUACUCCCUCAGCACCUCCUCACAAAGAGCCCCUUUGCCCAGAGGGAUCCCACAUAAGGCAGAGCCGGCUAUUCUUGCUGUCCCACAAGGAAACCCUCAUGAAGCGGAAUUUUUGUGUCCCACAAGAAACCAGUUCAGAGGUGCCCAAACCUACCCUCAGUUUCCAUGUGUCAGGAAGCUGGCUGGGGGGCACUCAGAGGAACGAGGGCAAUCGAUGGGGCCCCCCUGAUGCUCUGAGAGAUGAGAACAAGGAACAGAAGAUUCUUCUCAUCUUCCUCGGCUCUUCAGUCCGCUGGUUUGAAUUCUUACACCCGGGGCAAGCAUACCGACUCGUGGCUCCUAGUGCCUCUACACCAGCAUUUGAAGCUGAGGGCUCAUCCUGCAUGUCUCAGCGUCCUCUGGAGUUGGCUGGUUGUGUGUCCUGCCUCACUGUACAAGAUGAGUGGACUCUAGAGCUUGAGAGCUCCCAGAACAUGUUGCUGCCUGAGUCCUCGCUCACCCACCUGUUCAGUGACAAGUUCAUCAAUACCUUGGUGUCUUUCUCAGCUGAGAUUCUGUCACGGACACCUUGUGAAUCCCCUCUGGCUCCCGUCUGGAUGAUGAGUGGGAACAAAGAGGCCAUAAGAAGGUGUGUGAAGUUAACGGUAGCUUUACAGACUGCUGACUGUGAAUUUCCCCCUCGCCUGGACAUAUAUAUUGAAGACCCACACUUGCCUCCCCCGCUAGGACUCCUUCCAGGAGCCCAAGUCCACUUUAGCCAGCUGGAAAAAAGGGUUUCCAGAUCCAACAAUGUUUACUGUUGCGUCCGAUCAUCCACCUAUAUUCAGGUCCUGAGUUUUCCAUCAGAAGCCACAAUCAGUGCUCCCCUACCCCACAUCUAUCUGGCUGAACUUCUGAGGGGUGGCCCAGCCCCAUUCCAAGCCAUUGCUUCUUGCCAUGUGGUUUUUAUCAUCAGCCUUCAGCUCCUGUGGGUGUGUGCUCAUUGUACCAGUGUCUGCCUCCAGGGAAGGUGCAGUGGGCAAGAUGUUGCCUGCCCCACGCAGGCAUCUGUCAGCCAGGCCAGUAUCAGGCUCCUGGUAGAGGAUGGGACUGCUGAAGCCAUAGUGACCUGCAGGAAUCAUCAUGUGGCAGAAGCACUCGGGCUGGGUCCUAGUGAGUGGACCUCCCUCCUAGAGUCUGUCCGAGAGCCAGGGAGAGUGGCUUUGCAAUUUACAGGCCCAGGAGCGCAACUGGAGUCUUCAGCCUCCAUCCAUGAGCCCUUGACCCUCUUCCUCCGGACACUUUGCACCAGCCCCUCCGUCCUCCGCUCCAUUGUGCUUUCAUUUGAGCUUGAGAAGAAACCCUCUAAUAUCACUCCACUAGAAUCUUCCCGGCUACAGCGGUUCCAAUGUGGAGAGCUCCCGCUCCUGACUCGGGUGAAUCCCAGGCUCCAACUAGUCUGCCUUUCUAUCCAGGAGCCAGAGCACCCCAGUUUUCUGGGGGCCUUCACUUCUUCCUGAACUUCAAAUGGCCUCAAAGUGCUUCCUGCCUUACUGAAAAUCUUGUGGCCUGGAUUCUGGCUCUUUCUCCCAUGUUGUGGCCUCUUGUUUCUUUACAAUGGACCCCAGAUCCGUGGAUUCACAAACUGCUAUCUCACCGUAGUUUUUAAUUAUGGUGCCAGCCUGACUUGGGGACGUAGUUGUUUCUACAUUUUUUCCUCUGGUUGGGGGGUCAAGGUACCUGCACUCACAGAUGACCCUGUACACCUGGAUUUUGCCUUGUGGCAGGAGUUAGAACAACGAAAGACUUGUCUCUUGUGAGGGUGCUGGUGCCAGGCCCUUUGGCCUACAAUAGAGCUCUUCUGGGACAUU